CAGAGCGCAGGCGCGCGGCUCCCGGCUGCACGCGAGACGCCAGCUGCGGGAAGCGGAGGACGACUGAGGUGCCGACCUGAGGUGAUGGAGCCGCCGAAGGUGGAAAAGUUCAGCUCCGCCAACAGGGGAAAUGGGCUGCGCGCCUUGGUGCAGCUGCGCCCCGGAGAGCUGCUCUUCCGCUCGGAUCCCUUGGCGUACACGGUGUGCAAGGGGAGUCGUGGCGUCGUCUGCGACCGCUGCCUCCUCGGGAAGGAAAAACUGAUGCGAUGCUCUCAAUGCCGAGUUGCCAAAUACUGCAGUGCCAAGUGCCAGAAAAAAGCUUGGCAAGACCACAAGCGGGAAUGCAAAUGUCUUAAAAGCUGCAAACCCAGGUAUCCCCCGGAUUCCGUUCGACUUCUUGGCAGAGUUGUUUUCAAACUUAUGGAAGAAACACCCUCUGAAUCGGAGAAACUUUAUUCAUUUUAUGAUCUGGAGUCAAAUAUUAACAAACUGACCGAAGAUAAGAAAGAGGGCCUCAGGCAACUUGUAAUGACAUUUCAACAUUUCAUGAGAGAAGAAAUACAGGAUGCUUCUCAGCUGCCACCUUCCUUUGACAUUUUUGAAGCUUUUGCAAAAGUGAUCUGCAACUCCUUCACCGUCUGUAAUGCGGAGAUGCAGGAAGUUGGCGUUGGCCUGUAUCCGAGUAUGUCUUUGCUCAAUCACAGCUGUGACCCCAACUGCUCCAUUGUGUUCAACGGGCCCCACCUCUUGCUGCGAGCGGUCCGCGACAUCGAGGCGGGAGAGGAGCUCACCAUCUGCUACCUGGACAUGCUGAUGACCAGCGAGGAGCGCCGGAAGCAGCUGAGGGACCAGUACUGUUUUGAAUGUGACUGUAUUCGAUGCCAAACCCAAGACAAGGAUGCUGAUAUGCUUACUGGUGAUGAGCAAGUAUGGAAGGAAGUUCAAGAAUCGCUGAAAAAAAUUGAGGAACUGAAGGCACAUUGGAAGUGGGAGCAGGUUCUGGCCAUGUGCCAGGCGAUCAUCAGCAGCAACUCGGAACGGCUUCCCGAUAUCAACAUCUACCAGCUGAAGGUGCUCGACUGCGCCAUGGACGCCUGCAUCAACCUGGGUCUGCUGGAGGAGGCCUUGUUCUACGGAAUUCGGACCAUGGAGCCGUACAGGAUCUUCUUCCCAGGAAGCCACCCGGUCAGAGGUGUGCAGGUCAUGAAGGUCGGCAAGCUGCAGCUGCACCAGGGCAUGUUCCCGCAGGCCAUGAAGAACCUGAGGCUGGCUUUUGAUAUUAUGAGAGUGACACACGGCAGAGAGCACAGCCUGAUUGAAGACUUGAUUCUCCUCUUAGAAGAAUGUGACGCCCACAUAAGAGCAUCCUAAUGGGCGCAGGCAAAGAUGGCUUAUAUCCAUAUUGAAUGCCUGGUGGAGGUCACAUGUGCCGCACUGUUUGUGGGCCUCCCCUCUGGGAAUGCUAGGCUGUGUUUAUGUAGGUAAAUAAGCAGGCAUACCAUGUGCAAACCACAAGAAUCAUUAGUUGUAGAGAAGCACAAUAAUAAAUACAAAAAAUUGGUUGAAAAUGUCAUCUGCUAAUUGUUUUGUUUACUCAUUGGUGACUUUAAUGUUCCACAUCUCAACAUGAAGGCUAGAAAGUUCUAGUAAAAGCAUAGCAGAGUACGUUGAAUCUUCUCCUUGAAUAUCUGGGGGUAUAAUUGGAUAAAAAUCAAUGUUUUUACAAGCAAAAACUUAAUGUCCAUUUUGUCAAAAAACCAGAAUGUUUUCUUUACUGUUUGUAGUAAAUAAUAUGUAUCCAUUAUUUACACCCCAAUACAUCUCUAACACAGAAAGUUUUAUCCUACGUCCUAGAAAGAAGUCAUUUUAGGUGCUAUUAGAAAAGCAUAGGAAGUCUUAAUGGGAAAAAAAAUGUUUUUUCAAAUGUCUUGGGUUCUUUGUAUAAUUCUUCUGUGCAUUCUGUAACUCUUUGUAUAUGUCAUGUUUUUUUAAC